AUGAGGUCUCCCACGGCGCGGAUGGCAGACAAUGUUCACAUCUGCCUCGAUAACCUCGCAGUCGCAGCCAGACUCGUCACCCGGAGCCCAGGAAGCAGCCAGGCUAGGUUUAGGGCCUUUGGUGAGCUCUCCGUCUCUUGGGCACAGAGAGGACGGACAAGCUGGACGAUGCCUGGCAGGGUAUACAUUUGGUGGUGCCCUGGACACACGGGAAUCGCAGGAAAUGAGGAAGCAGACGCUCUUGCCAAGGAGGCCUGCAAACAAAUCCCAGAAUCACAGCCACAGCCUACAUUGACGCACUUGAAGCGGGAGUCCAGAGCAGCCGAUGUCCAGGCUUCCGCUAGGAGAUGGCCGUCAAUCUGCCCUCGGCAAUAUGCCGACCUUGGGAUAAGUCCUCAUCCCAAGCCCCCCGAACUUCGCCUUCCUCGUCAUUUGCUAGGAAGGCUAUAUGCGGCGAGAUCGCAUCAUCACGGAGACUUUGCAGCGUACCACGAGAGAUUUGCCCACCAAGACGCACUGCUUCACUGCAGUUGCGGAAGACGCAAAACGCCAGUACACUUCUACUUGUGCAAGCGUGGCCGUAAGGCCACCCCGCGGCAUCUCCGCCGACGUAUGGCGAAGGCAAGCAUAGAUUUUCUGCUAGGUACUACGCAGGGAGCCUCUCUUCUCCGUGACACGCCGCUCGCUACGGUUUCGGCAUCCGCAAUCACUCACCUCCUCUUGCCGCGAUGCAUUAUCCGACGCGGCGGGCAGGCUGUCGACGAGGACCUGAUGCAAGCAAAGCCGUCAUCCAGCCGAGUUCAUUUCGACAACGAGAACGAGGUUUUGAAUUUAUGCCUCGAGUUCGAUGGCCAGCCCUUCUACCGACCGCCCACACCAAUCGAGUACGAUGGCCAGUUCAGAAUCGCUCUGGACCAGGUGCUGGCUCUCUGCAAAGACCGGAUCGCCAACGGGGCCGGCGCGCGCAAGGUCACUCUUUACUGGGAGAUUCGCUCGCGGUAUGAUAUUCGGUCGGAGAACGCUCCGUCGGAGCAGCAAGAUGCGGAGAUCUCUCUUCCUGACGGGAGCCAUGAGCCGAGGGCCUCUGGCAGUAACAAGGAUGCCGACGAUGUUAACGAUGCCGGUGAUACUAAUGGGGCCGACGAUACCAACGAUGUCGACGACACCAACGAUGCCGACAAAAUCGGUGAUCCAGGCGACAAAGACAUCGACAACAAAGACGACGAUGACGAUGACGACGUCGUCUUCCUCGGCGCCGCUCCUCUGGAGCAGCCCACGCACGGUACCGAGGUGUCGGUCGACGACCUCUUGGAAUCCUCAGAUGACGCCGCCGGCUGGCGCAGGACGUGCCACUUCUUCGGUCAUGACGAACACCACAAAACCAUGGAUCCGGAGCACUGUCGCCAGCUGCCCGGCACGAAGCGGAAACUGCGACCACAUCAACUCGACGACGUUCGGCGUGUGAUUGAGCGGGCCGCCACGGACGGACGCCUCGGCGCCUUGCUUGAGCAUCCCAUGGGCGUCGGGAAAACCAUUACCUACCAGGCCGUGAUCGCGCCCACCCUGAGCUCCACCACAGCCGGGAUGGACCUCACCGCUGUGCCCUGCGUGGGCGGCCCUUCGGUAUCCAAUGCGCUUGCGAGACGGACGGCUUGA